AGGCCGCCACGCCCCCAUUGCAUGCUGAUUGGUUGCUGCACUUGACGCGUAUAACGGAUCUCUAUCCACAUCUAUUAUCUAUUUGUAUUUCUUGUUCACUUUCUCGUGGUUUGAAGUUAUUAAAUUUGAAUAACGUUUAAUAAUUUAGCAGAUUAUUUCAUCCAAAGCGAUUAUUGCUUUAGAUCUUUUUUUUAUUUUCCGGCUUUUAAUACAUUUUUAAAACGUUUAACCUUUUCUAAUCUUUAAAAUGUUUUUUUUUUUUUUUUUUUUUUUUAAGGAAACUUUAAAAUUAUCUGGUUUUAUUUAAGAGUAUUUCAAUACUAUGGCUGAAUCAAACCAUAUAGCCUAGCUUUUAAGGAUCAGACCAAACAGAAAUUAUACGCUAUCUAAAAAGGUACCCGGUUGAUAUUAACUAAUGGAAACAUUUAAGUGGUUAAAUAUGAUAUAAUUGAUCAUAAAUUAAUCAAGCUUUAUUUGGAUGCUUUCACGGGAACAAGCUAUAUUUAUAUUUUAUUUUUAUAUUUUAUUUUACUAUUAAGCAACGUGUUGUGAACAAAUCUGUUUCUUCAUUGUGAAAAUAUUAUUAAAAUAAUUUUUAUCCAAAAAUUUGCCUAAACCGGUUGAUGUUUUGGAUGUGACGUCACAACAAAAGCCUGUCAAAAAUUGUCAGUAGGCAGCUGUUUUGUCGCGCAGACGACGACUGCAUUUACUAAGUCUGCUUAAUAUUAAUCUUUUGGUAAUUAUUACCGCGGUGUUUUAAACGUAAUUCAAAUUCUGAAAUCGCACUGCCAACAUUUAAUUCUCUUCAGAAAGUGAAGCGAACCGUUUCCUCUUAAAAUCGCCUCAGACAAGAAAACGUAGAAUGAAUUGGGUCGGAGGAUCACGGAGCAGGUCUAUGAAACACAAAGAAGAAACCAUAAAACAGAGGGCUUUUUUUCAAAAACAGAGGAUGAAGAAGUUUAAAAAAGUUGACCCACAGACAUCACCAAAUGAAAACAAUGCUGCCAAUGUGGACCUGCUGACAUUAUUCAUUGUCAAUCAGAUUGCAUCAAAGAAAAAGCACAAUGGCAAACCUAAAAUUAAUUUCUUUAAUGCAAAUGAGACCAAGCCAACUUUGAACGAGACCUUAGAGUUACCAAUGAGCCCAUGUUCUCCUUCAAACCUGGACCUUGUCACCAGUCAGCCACAAUACAGUGCCCAUGACAGUGACACAGUCGAUACACCUGGUUUCAAUAUCAGAAAACAUUGUGUUUCUAAAGAAUUUAAGUUCAAGCCGCUUUCACCAUUGCUUGAAUCUAACCUCAGUGGCUCAGAAAACCAACCUCACAUCCAAAACACCAUUAGCCCUUUUCCACCAACCACCGGCUCCUCAGAAUCAUUUCAACCUGGACCUGCAUCACAUGUCUCUUCCUCUCUACCAUGUAGAGAAAAUUCUGACCCCAACACCACAAAGUUUGAGCUGUUCUCCCAGCCAAUGACAUCGGCUAAUCCAUGGACAGACGUAUCGGAUGAUGCAAAUGGUUUGCAGAACAGCUCAGUGGCUGAUAUUCUAUUUGGGAUCACUUUACCAAACACAGACACAGCAGGGCAGUCGGCAUACUCAGGUUUGUAUCCAACCAGCCCUUUAAAGAGCAGUGAACAACUGGAAGAGCCACUGUUUAUAGAUUUCACCAACAAAGAUCAUAAAGAAAAUCCUUACGCUGAGAAAACAACCAACAUCUUUUUGGAAACGUCAUUUUCUUCCUCCACAAGAGUCCAAAGAAACACUGAUGGAUCACAAAGCAUGGACCGUGAUGGCCACAUCCUAAUACAGAAUAAAGCAAAUGAUGGGAAUGGUGAAAAAAAUGGGCCAGCAAAGCAGGAUGCAGAGACGCAAACGGCAGAUGUUCCUGCUUUGUCCUGCUGUGAUGUCUCAGUACAGUGUUCACUUAUUCAGACAGGCCCCAUCAACUGCAACGCUUUUCCCACUGGUGAUUAUAAAACCGGCAGCUGUACCACUAGGCGGCAAUCUGUUCAUUUCAAUGAAAUGCCAUCUGGGGCAACAGCAACAAAAGAGAAGGCGCAGACACAUCCAAAGCAACGAAAGAACAGAAAAUAGGGCAACUGUUGGAAUGCAGAGUGAAAGAGAGGUGUGAGGACCAACGGUUGGAAAGUGUGAUGCCAAACCCUGUCAAGGACGUCAGGCGUGCAGAAGAGAAUCUGUGAAAGUGAAGAACUUCGCAGCAGAAAAAGGUGCAAAUUGUGUCUCUAAGGAAACCGAGACAUAUGACGAAAUUGCUUACAUUUUGUUGACAUUGAAGUGAAAUGACAAAGGAUUUGUUAGAAAAGCAGCAAGAAAAUGAAAUCAGACACCCAGAGCUUAAAGCAGAUUAUAAUUCACUUGUUCUGUGCCUGUUGCACCAAAAACAGAAUCUUAUAAAAGCAUUGUUAUAUAUCAUUAUCUCUUUAUUAUAUUAUAUUUCCAGGUACAUAUUCAAGUUUCAA